AUGGAGGACUCCGAUGAGAAGGGGGAGGCGAAAGAGGGCACCUGCAGCUUCCUCACCUCGCGGUGCCGGCUCCUGACGCGAAACCCGCAGCUCUGGAAGGUGCUCCUGGCCUCUGGCCUGCAGAUGGCAGCGGCCACCCUGCCCGACACCUUCGUGCUGUCCUUGCUUCGCGCCCGGGUCUGGGGCAAUCACAUGUCCGAGUACAUGUCAUACGCAGCAAUCGGGAUCAAUUCCGUGGCUGUGAUCUUCGGUGGGCCCUAUGGUCGUUUUAGUGACUGCGUGGAUCGCCGCCUCGCCGCGGCGAUCUUCGCCCUGGGCACCUUCGCGCCCGGCUGGGCGUUAAUGAUCUUUGGCAGCAAUGCCCGGGGCCUUCUGAUCAGCACCGUGGUGAAGGUGGUUGGGUCCUACGGCCUCACCAGCAACGUGAUGCUGGCGCUCAUCAACGACGUCACCGCCGCAGAGGAUCGAGAAGAGGCGGUGGGAGCCUAUUUUGCCGCCAACAACUUCAUGAGCUUGGCGAUGACCGGCAUCCCUGUGAUGUUGGUGCUGGUGCUCAAGGUGGUUGAUAACAACCCCGUCUUCUUUCUCAUCCUUCAGGCGGUGCUCAGCGCCCUUUGCGUUCUUCUGCUCUUCUGGGUCAGGAUGGACAAGAAGCCUGGCUGGAAGGAGGUCUCCUCGGUUUCACUGCCGACGCAAGACGCAGAGGCUGAGACAGAAGAGCAGCGACUGGAAGAAGCCCGCAAGGAACGAGCGGCUCAGUCCGAGCAGCGGCAGAGCGAGAGCGAGGAGCCAAGCAGCAGGCACGAGACCACCUCCACAUCCACAGAUCUGUCGGAUACGGACCUGCACGACCCGGAUGCCUGCUGCGCUCAAAGCUGCAGCUCUCCAUCCAGCCAAGGCUGUCAAGCCUGCUGUUCAAGAACUUGGGCCACCGUCCGUGUUCCACUAAGGCAGUUCGUGUUGCCGGUUCGCCUGGCUUUUGGCAAUCGACGGCUCCGUCGACUUUGGUUUGCCGGAUUCUUGCUGAUGUUCGCCGGCCAGCUGGUCAUGGACAUUGGCGGGUAA